AUGUAUGGAAUCGUUCGACUAGCAUCGCGCCUCCCUGCGCUGCUCUCUCUACUUAUCGUAGCUGGAGGAGUCUCUGACGCGCAAACCAUUCCCACUGCCGAGAUCGUCAGCAGCAAAUCUCAUAUCCUCCCGGGCCCUUUACGCGUUACCGAAUUGACCUUUCGCGUGCCAUUGGACUACGAUGAUCCGGAGGGGGAGACCAUUACUCUCUUCGGCCGCUCCGUCACUAGCCAUAGCGUUCCUAUCGUGUCUGAUGAUGGGGAUCAAGAAGCGCUCCCCUACAUGGUUUAUUUGGAGGGUGGCCCGGGAUUCGGAGCUCCGGAACCACAGAAUGCUCCAUUGACGAGCACCGCUCUGGAGCGCGGGUAUCAGGUCCUCUACCUCGACCACCGAGGUACUGGUCAUAGUACUCCAGUGUCCACCAGAAUGUUGGACACGCUGAGCGGUGGCGAGGAUGCUCAGGUCAAGUAUCUGCGUCUUAUGCGUCAGGACAACACUGUCCGCGAUUGUGAGGCUGUCCGUAAGGCCUUGACGAAAGGCUUGUCGGACAACCAGGCCAAAUGGUCCAUCUUCGGUCAGUCUUAUGGUGGAUUCGUUAGCAUUAGCUACCUCUCUCUCCACCCGGAGGGUUUACGGGAAGUCUUUUUAACCGGUGGUCUGGCACCGGUUGGCAAAUCAGCGCAGCAAGUUUACGAAUCCCUUUACCCGCGAGUCAUGAAGCGCAACGAGGCCUACUACAAGAAAUUUCCCGAGGACAUUCAGAAUGUCCGCCAGAUCGCAAGCCAUAUCCAGCAGCAGGGCGGCAAUGUUGCUCUACCGGCCGGUGGAAGCCUCACGGUACCGCGCCUAAUGACCAUUGGCAUCGACUUCGGUGGCUCUGGUGGCUUUGAUUCUGUACACUCAACGAUUAUGAAUUUGAAGCUUUCCCUGGAUCAGUUCGGCUUCCUUUCUCGGGCGUCCCUCACCCCAAUGGAGAGGUUUACUACUUUCGACGACAAUAUCAUCUAUGCCAUCCUUCACGAGGCUAUCUACUGCGAUGGACCCAACGACGUUUCGAACUGGGCUUCCGAUCGGGUUGCUAGACAACUCAACCUCUUCUCGUGGCUUUCCUCGAAUGCCUCCAUCUCAUCCAAUUCUAGCGAGCCACUUCAGUUCGCUGGCGAGAACAUCUUCCCUUUCUUCUUUGAUACUUACCCAGAGCUGAUUCCACUUAAGGGAGUCGCCAAUAAGCUUGCGGCCGUGAAUGACUGGACUCAUAUAUAUGACCAGGAGCAGCUUGCGAAGAAUGAGGUCCCUGUUUACGCCGCUACAUAUAUCAACGACCUAUACGUCGACUAUGAAUAUGCUAAGAAUACUGCAAACCUCAUCAAGGGUGUAAAGACGUGGGAGACCAAUGCAGUUAUCCAUUCAGGACUGAGAACAAAUACACAGGAAGUCCUGGCGGCGCUAUUUAACCUUCGCGAUAAUGUUUUCGAUUGA